AUGACUCUUGCCACGGAAUUCGCUGAGACGACCCGUCGUUCUCUAACCCAGGGUGAGAUGAGAAAAAGAGUGAUUCACUUGUACAGAAGAUACAUCAGAAACUCUAAAGAGUUCUGCAACUUGUACGAGUUGGAUAUGCCUGUCUCUAACGUCAAGACCAAGAUAAGACAAGAGUUCGAAAGACAAAGAUUCGUUAACGACUUGGGCGUUACCAAUGUUCUUUACGCUAAGGGCCAGAUGGAGUUCCAAGAAUUAAUCAACUUCUGGAAGCAGCAGUGUCAUGUCAUGAGAUACUUCGAAGACCAGGAGAGCUACAACACCGUUGACAAGAACGACUUCGUCAAGAACUUCUUGAGAGGCAACUAA